AUGAGAAAAAAGUGGAUACUGAAGGAUUUUCAUUUUAUCUUUUGUGGUGUGCUCUGUCUCCUUUUCGUAGAUGGAGGUAAACUAGAACAAGUAAAACACUCAGAUACAUACUGUGUGUUUCAAGAUAAGAAGUACCGUGUUGGAGAGAGAUGGCAUCCUUACCUAGAACCCUAUGGCCUUGUCUACUGUGUAAACUGUCUGUGCUCAGAGAAUGGAAAUGUACUGUGCAGCAGAAUAAGAUGCCCAAGUCUACACUGUCCUUCCCCUGUGCACGUACCACAGCUGUGCUGCCCACGAUGCCCAGAAGACUCCCUUUUCUCAGUAAGCAGCAAAAUCACCGGGAAAUCCUGUGAAUACAAUGGCACCACCUACCAUCAUGGUGAAAUGUUUGUGGCAGAGGGACUUUUCCAAAACAGGCAAGCAAACCAGUGUGCCCAGUGCAGCUGCUCAGAAGGAAACGUGUACUGUGGGUUGAAGACUUGUCCCAAAUUAACUUGCUCUUUCCCAGUUUCUGUUCCGGAGUCCUGCUGUCCAGUUUGCAGAGGAGAUGGAGAAUUAUCAUGGGAACAUUCCGACGGGGAUAUCUUCCGGCAGCCGGCCAACAGGGAAGCCAGACACUCAUACCACCGUUCCCACUACGACCUGUCACCCAGCUCUGCAAGGCAGGCAGUCAACAUUCCACGCUUUCCCAAUGGCAGGAGUAACCGCGGAGUCCUCCCGGAUCCCCAGCAAGCUUCAGGAACAAUAGUACAAAUCGUCAUCAACAACAAGCACAAGCACGGACGAG